CCGGCGGACGCGUAAACACUAAAGGCACACCCCCACACCUAUCUUGUUUGGCUACACGCUGCACUAAUUUUAGACUUCCGAGAACCCGUCCAGCUUCCGUGAUAGCUGCAACCGCUACAACGCUUGUCACCAGUAAAAUUCUGUGAGAACUCUUCACCGGAACGAGUAUGGAGCUCUUCAAGGGAAAGACUCUCGUCAAGAAGGAUGGCUCCGAGGUUAGAGCCGAGGACGUGUUGACAGGGAAGAAGGUGGUUGCCAUCUAUUUCUCCGCUCACUGGUGCCCACCGUGUCGCAUGUUCACUCCUUUCCUGGCCGAGACGUACCAGGAGUUGAAAGACGAUGACGUCUCCUUUGAGGUUGUCUUCGUGUCUUCGGACCGCUCGGCCAGUGACAUGCUGUCUUAUAUGAAGGAAUGCCACGGGGACUGGCAGGCGGUCAAGUACGGUGAUGAGCUUGCACAGAAAUUGAAGUCCUUGUUCGGGGUGUCCGGCAUUCCAAUGUUGGUCGUCGUCAAAGAGGAUGGUUCUGUUAUCACCAAGGAAGGCAGGAACGAUGUCCAGACCAAGGGACCAGCUGCUUUCCGAGACUGGUUUGCAAGAGCUUAACUGCUGGAGAAAUUACCGCUGGUGCCGCUAAGCAUUGCAAAGCUGUUUGAAGAAAAGGGAAGGGGCCACUGAAUUGUGUGAUAUAGCAUACAGGUUUCAUUAUUGUUGGUAGGGAUUUCGAACUUUGCAUGGCUCGUAGUUUUAUCCAGGCUGUAUUAGGUGUGGGGCAUUGGUGAAGAGGUUAGUCUAUGCUUCAUUUACUAUACAAGCUUCGCCUUUAAUGUGUGUAGAGUGUAAAAGUGUUGUACAAAAAACCUAUUGCAUGGUAUGAGCACAGUUUAAUCUGUAUUAUGUGCCUCAAUUUGAAAUUUGCGAAUAGGAUACAAAGGGUUAACUAUUAUAGAGCGUCAUUUCUGUACUAGUUAUUUCUGACCUCUUGCUAUCAUGCAUUUGGGUACCACUUGUUGCAGUGCUUGCGAUUUUCAUAGUGGGUCUGCCUUUUAGACAAUGGUGAAACUGAUGCUGGAUAAACAUACAUUGUACAGGGGUAAUUAUACAUGACUUGCACCAGUUGUCUCGCACAUUUUACUGUAAUGCAUUUAGAGAAAGCUUUUUUGCAGGGUUUAAAACUGAAGUUGAUACAGGGUGUAACACCAGAAGUGUCGCUGUCGCAGUGACUGUUAAGUAAUACAUAACCCAUGGGCAUGUGGUCUUCCCGAUGUAUAUUAGUGGUGCAAACUGUACACACAAAUUGCUAGGCAUUACUGCGUUGUGGGAUCCUUCAGUUUUUUAUCCUAUUUUGCUUGUUCUGAAGACUCCAAAUGUACCAGGAGGAGCACAGCUCAGUCUAAUGGCUCACACGUGGUGAUGCCAUAGCGGACGAAGCCCAAUUUUAGCGAACAAAAGGUUCAACUUUUGUGCCACCAAUACAUUGUCAGACUGAACUGCGCUUAUCUGGGACAGGCUGGCCCUUCAGUGUGAUGUUUGUCUCCCACUGAAAUUCAUGGAGUAGUGGUGAAUGUAAUAUGUGUCCAGGACCUGUGCAAUAUGUAUAUUCUCAUGAGAAGCGCUUUUGUUUUCCACAGACAUCGGGACUGCGACAUUUUCUACGGUGCACCUUGUAUGUAUCAGAGCAACCUUAUUGGUUCUCUUCCUGUUUUGCAAUAAACAUAUUUACAUUGGA